AUGGCGGAGAGCGAACAGACCCUCCGGCUUUACGCCUUUGAACCAUCUUACAUCGCACCUAUUGUAUUUGCCGUUGUCAUCGGCAUCUCCCUUAUCGUCCACAUCUUCCAGAAUUUCUACUACCGCUUCUGGCGCACCACCUUCUGGAUGUUCUGGGGAGGCACGGUGUUCACGGCCGGAUGGAUUAUGAGGAUCUUCUCCUCCUACGACCCGUCGAACAAGGCCCUUUACAUCGCUCAGACAUGCCUCGUCCUCGGGGGACCGCCAAUCUACGCUGCGGCCGAAUACAACAUCCUUGGGAGGUUGAUGAGUUAUCUCCCAAUGCAUGCGGUUUUUCAUCCGCGUCGGGUGAUUAUCGUAUUCGUCUACCUUGGUGCGCUCGUCGAGAGCUUGACGGCUGCUGGCGCAGCGAAGAUGGCCGCUUCAAAGGGCCUUGACAUAUCAGAGUAUGUGCUUGGGGGCAAGCUCGUCAGCAUAUCGCUCGUCCUGCAAGCCGCAGUCGAAUGUGUCUUCGUCUCCUUCGUCGCAACGAUGCACUAUCGCGCUGCUCGAGCGCACCAUCUCUCUCGCAACGUUCGAGCGCUUUGCUUCAUGCUCUACGGCACCUCAGCACUGGUCCUCUUCCGUUGCAUCUUCCGGGCGGUCGAAGCGUUCGCGACACAAGGCGUCCUCACUCCUGAGCAAUGUGGAUCUCUCUGCCGCUUGGUCGAGACUCGCGAGUGGUACAUCUACGUCUUCGAAGCAACACCUAUGGCCAUCUACACGAUAUGGCUGAACGUCAUGCACCCGGGACGAUACCUGCCUCGGAAUAAGUUCCAGUACCUGGAUGUGGAUGGGACGACCGAGCGACUGGGUCCUGGCUGGGUUGACCGGAGAAGCCAAUGGCAGACAUGGGCGGAUCCAUUCGACCUCGUCAAGACGAUCAAAGGGCGGCCGGCACACGAGAAGUACUGGCUGCAGAGUGAGCGGUGGCCGGCAGCAGAAGGGAGCUUUGCGCAAGGCACAGCGAGCAAUGCUACGAGGUCGUUGUCUGGGAAGUUGUAUAGGCGAGUUUCAAUGAAGCCGGAGGUGUAG